AUUCAGUAUCUCCCCGAGAUUGUGGUGUUGGAGAAGGAAGCUGGGCAGGCCUUUGCUUUAAUCCAAGUCAAUUGUCUAUGGCAGCUACUGCCCGCAGCUUUUGCAAGAGCAUUGAUGUUUAUGAUCAUGAUAUUCAUCUACGCACUUUACGUACAUUGGGGUUCCCAACCUCGCUAAUUUUCAUGGACAGUUUUAAGGAGAGCGGAGGUUCAAUGUUAGCCACCACAGAAGGUUCCCAGCUAAGUGUAUGGGAUUUACGAGUGAAAGAAAAUGGGGGCUGUGUGCAAAGAAUCAUGGGAUCUGUUGGAAACAUGUUAUAUGCAGUCAGUAUGUCUUCAUCUGGUAAUAUUGCUGUUGGUGGUGAAGACCGCACUGUGACUGUCUAUGAUCCACGCAGAUGGUGUGCAACAUCUAGAUGGCUGAACUGUUCAAAAUACGAGAUAACUGGACUUUGUUUUUCUUCCGUUGAUCCGAAUUAUCUAUAUGUACAAGGAGUUGAUUAUGAGAUUAUGUGUGGACAAUGGAGAGAAAGUGAGAAGGCCUUUUCAUUUAGAGGGGACUCAAACUGGCUUGGAUUUAGCAAGUGUUCCGAUAGGGAUAUUUUGGCUGGAUGGUGCGACUCGGGCAGCAUAUUUGUUGCUGAUGCCUCUGAGAAGAACGUUGAAAUGCAUGUCUGAGCGCAGCUGGAAUAUUAUCAGCCUGAACGAAUCAUGUAUCGUUGUCUGAGUUAAGAGUAGUGUUAGCCAUGGAAGAGUGGGGGGAAGUUUGUCAUAUAGUUUUGUGACUUUUACCUAACUCAAAUGUUUAAGAUUCUGAUGAGUCAAAAUCACCCAAAUGUCUGAAUUUAAAGACAUUUUUGUA